AAGUACGGACCUUUGGGUGCGUUAUAUCAUUGGUCGCCAUUUUUUGGGGGAGGUGCAAAACGUCAUCGGCUUCGAGACGGAGAGUGGCUGAGCUUCUCAAGUCCCCCUCCACAUGCCGGCGCCCGGCACCUCAGCCCCAAAGUUCCACCGACCCUCUCCUUCUUGCACCACGCUCGCUUCUAUCUUUCAAAAACUUCCACCUGCGCAUCUGCCAACACUGAAGUCAUUACUGUCAUCGUCGCAACUUCACCAUGCCUCUAAUGUCGAUGAUAGCUCUCCACGACAACCGUCGCCGACCUUGCAAGCUCGGUGUCCUCUCGGCCUCACAAGAUCAAAUUUGGCUUAAAUCAAUCGCAUACUUUGCUAAGGACGACGAGGGUAUAAUGCCCUUCAGCUCUCCUGUCCCAAUUCCAACCGACAAUGUCCUCCUCCUCAGCUCUAAGGAUGCCGAACCUAUCCGCUCGAACGGCCACGGGCUUCUCAAACACACAGGGGUCCCCCUCAUUAUCCGCGUCAGGAUCAAUAAGGAAGUACGGAACAUGACCGUCUCUGGAUGGAUUUCGGGUACCGUCGGCUUCAUCGACGAACCCGUGUUGUCGAAAAGAAAGAAGAUUUUCGUCAGUCUCCAAUCCAAGAAGGUUACGAUCUGGGUACUCGAAAGCGGUGAUCUGGAUAUGUAUCCUUAUCGUGUAUUCCUUCCGCCUGAAACCGUUGCCAUGAUGGCCGCGGAAAUACCCCCCUCCAGCCGCCUCGUGUUUAGGAAGGCUGGUUUGUACUUGGCACCUGCAGCAGUAUCCACCCCCGGUGAGCGGAGGAUGGCAUACCGAAGUCGCGAAGAUACUGCUAGUCAGCUAGAGAGAGAAAGAAACCAGCACCGGCUUGCAGAGUAUGCGGCUAUGCGCCGCUCGCACACGGAGUAUAUGGCUUGAACAAGAAGAAAGAAAAGUCUAAAUAGAGGAGUAGAGAGAGGAUUU